AUGUUGGAGGAAGAAGAAGCCGUCGACUACGGCGAGGACGAGCUUUUAGCGCCGACGCAUGCACAGGACGAGGUGCAACUCACGCUCGAUGGCGACGAUACCGCCGCGGAUACGGAUGCUCACGCAACGCCUGACGAUGCAAAGUCACCCACACCAGCUGCUGUGGAGGUAGUAGCCGAGGCGAGCAAAGACGAGCGGCAAGCCGACGCGAAAGAGCGCCCAGCGUCCGAGCGGCCGGCUGCGUCGAGUGGCAAGAGCGAGGGCCGUUCGAACGGCGCAGGCAACAAGACGGAUGGAUCGCGACGUGAAUCGCACAAGGAAGCGUUGCCGGCUGGAUGGCGCGAGAUUGCGUCGCGGUCGGGGGAUGGCGAGGUGUACUACUACAACGAACGCACGGGCGAGAGCAGCUGGCAAAAACCGGGCGCGGCUCGCACUCCGCCUUCUGGAUCCACGCCAAAGUCAAAGAAGAAGAACAAGAAGAGGAACAAGCGUACACGUGAAGCCGCACAAGCUGCACAGGCCGCACAAGGAGCGAAUGGCAAGCCGGACGCAGAGGUUGCGGCAGGCGAUGCUAAGGACACGGCGGCACAGGGGUUGAGCAUCAAAGGUGCGGCGCAGCGCAAAGCGGAACCUUGCCAACCCAAGCCCGACGCGGGCAAGAAUGGCAAGCGCAAACGUGAAGAGCGGAUCGAGGUGGGAUCCAAGCCGAAAGCCAGCGAGUCCAAGACCAACGGUGGCAGCGGAACCAAGGCGUCGGUGGAGGCGAAGCGGCCUCGUGCGGAUGAACGCCGCGAUGUGCGUGCCGAGGAGCGUCGAGAAGCGCGUUCGAAUGAUGUGCGACGCACCGGCGAUUCUUGGCGACCCAGCACGGACAACUCUGCGCGCUCUCGACCCGACCAACGCUCGCGCGAUGGAUCCAGACGAUCCGAUGCGCGCGACAACCGUCGAGACUCUCGAGACCCACGCGAACGAGACCACGCCCGUCACGACCGAGACCACGCGCCGCAACAACGCAACGCUAGCUCCAUCAACUCGACACACGCACACCACAAACGUCAGUGGGGAACCGUUUCGUCCAAAUAG